CGGAAGCGCUCCGCAGCGACGCACAUGAGACCGGACUGACACUGCACACCGCUGGGUGGACGGAGCUUGAUCCUUGAUCCCCCCCUCCCUCUGUGUUUUGUCUUUCUCCUCGAUCUAUGUCUCAUUCAGAGAAAAGUGGACGUUUUUUAUUCUCCUCAGAGCGCACAGCCCGCCGUCAGCUUGAUUUGAAAUAAACCAAGGUUUAAAAUGAACGAAGGACUUGGGAACAACUUGACUCAACUCUAUGACAACUGGACAUUUUACAACUCCUCCCUGGAGUCCGUCAUACCCAGGAGUAACAUCACCUAUGUGGGAUUUUACCUUCACCAGCCAUCCACAGCAGCCAUCUUCAUCGUGUCCUACCUGCUGAUCUUCCUCGUGUGCAUGGUGGGAAAUGGAGUGGUGUGCUUCAUUGUGCUGAGGAGCAAAAACAUGCGGACUGUCACCAACUUGUUCAUCCUGAACCUUGCUGUGAGUGACCUCCUGGUUGGGAUUUUCUGCAUGCCCACGACGCUCCUUGACAACAUCAUCACAGGAUGGCCUUUUGGAAGCCUGGUCUGCAAAAUGAGCGGCAUGGUCCAAGGGAUCUCAGUGUCAGCAUCUGUCUUCACUCUGGUCGCCAUCGCUGUUGACAGAUUCAGAUGUAUUGUCUACCCAUUCAAGCAAAAGCUGACCAUAUCCACAGCCACCUUGAUAAUCGUCAUUAUCUGGGUUCUGGCCGUAUCCAUCAUGUGUCCCUCUGGGGUGAUGCUACAAGUGACCAAGGAGCACACCAUUCGGGUGUUACUGGGCUACGACAACAAAACAAGCCCGUUUUAUUGGUGCAGAGAGAACUGGCCAAACCAGGAGAUGAGGAAGAUUUACACCACUGUCCUGUUUGCAAAUAUCUACCUUGCUCCUCUGUCCCUCAUUGUGAUCAUGUACGCACGGAUUGGCAUUACGCUUUUCAAAACAGCCGUCCCAACGGGAGGAAAGCCGGGCAACGACAACCGCCACACUGUGUCAAAGAAAAAGCAAAGGGUGAUUAAAAUGCUUCUUAUAGUGGCUCUGCUUUUCAUCCUCUCCUGGCUGCCUCUGUGGACCCUCAUGAUGUUAAGCGACUAUGCCAGCCUGACUGAGCAGCAGUACAGAAUCAUCAACAUUUACAUUUACCCCUUUGCCCACUGGCUGGCCUUCUUCAACAGCAGCGUCAAUCCCAUCAUCUACGGUUUCUUCAACGAGAAUUUCCGCAGAGGAUUUCAAGCCAUUUUCAAAUUCAGCCUGUGCGCGGCCGACGGACAGCGGAGGAAAACCUACUCGCACAGGCUGCAGGGAAACUCUGUGCUCCCAGCUAACAAUGCACAAACCUCCCUAGAGCCCAUUUCCCUCAACAGCUUAGAUAAGAACACUUCCAGGCGUCUCAACCAUGUCACUGAGCAGGACUUGGUCAUGGAGGACCUGGAGAAGGCAUCUUGCAGCAGCGGAGGUGUGACAGCAGUGUCUAUUUGAGGUGACAUGUAGAGACAGUCUUCUAGGUGAUAAGUAAAGGUGUUCACACUAAAAAAAACAAAAAAACAAAAAAAAACAGGCCUCAUUAUUGAAAAUAAAGGCCUCCACUGUGUGAUAAGUCAGCCACAAGGCUCAACUGAAUGCAUUUAAAUAAGCCUGAACACAUUUAAGAAGCUGACACUUAUGUUGAAUUUGCCAAGGUAAUUUUUUUAUCGUCUAAUAAAAUAGUCAAAAAUGGAAAAACACAAAUCUUUCCUUUCGACUGUUUUUCACCACUCAAAAAACAGUUAAUCCAGCAACAGUGUUCGCUUCUGAAACAAAUGAAAUUAACUUUAAAUUACCAACUUCAAAAGCGAACACUCAUCCUGUGUGAGUCUUUGCUUAUCACCUUUAAGGUGCACAACAUAUGUUGCACACAUUGUGCUGUGUUCUAAACGGAAGCAGGCUGCGCUGUUGGAAUUGUGCCUGUCAACAAAAGGAAAACAGAUCUCUUUGGCGGGUGCAUCAUUAAUCCGUAAGGAUUGGUUGAAAUUGCAUUGAUAACAGGCUACUGUCCUGCUCCACGACAUACGGUACCUUACAAAACCUGUAUGUAUGUAUUAAUGUUUAAAGAUGCAUCAGACAUGUUAUGUACUUUUGAUGUUUGCAGAGAAGAUUUCAAAAGAAAGAUUUGACACGUUAGAUUGAACAACCUUCUCAGUAUUAGUCACUUCUAUUGAGAAUGUAAAAUGAAGUCAUAUCACCUUAUUAAGAAAUCAGAUCAUUUCAAAAACAACCUGUUUAAAACUUCAGAGGCCUCAAACAUCAAACUGAAGAAAGACUCUUUUAGUUACCUUAAUCAUAAAGCACAGUUGUUUUUCAUGCCCACAACUGUUUUUACAUUUCAGAGAACCAAACUCUGCAGAGGCAUACUGAAUUUAAGAAACUGAUGAAGGCUUUCAUCCUGUUAAAUCAUCCUGUCAGCAGCUUGGCUAACAGACUACAGAGAACAAACCCAAGUUCAAGUGAUAAACAAAGGUUCCCUAAGCAGCAGACCAGCUAGAGACUAGGUUGCAUUGUCAAGGGCAAGUUAUAUUCAGUGAACUUUAAAAGUAUGUGGUUGUACAGCUUUUUAGGCCACUUAUAUUACUUAGAUUACAGUAUUAAACAUGUGUGCACUUUGUUUUUUGGAGUUACUUGACAAUUUUUUCAAUUCUUCACAAAUAUUAUAUAAUUACAAGGAAAUAUAGCAGUCUAAUGAAGACAGUUGGGCAGUCACUGUCAUUUCAUUGCCUUCAAAGAAGAUCUUUUCAGUCUGUCCAGAAAGUUGAAACCUGUACCACUGGUUUUGUGUCUGAAUUACAGGAUAAAGUGGUAUCUGCUCCUGCCACCUUGUCCUUUUUACAAAAAUCCAUGAGGCUUUGAAAGCAUGCCAGUGACUAAUCCUGUUGAUUAAUGAGUUAAUCAUCCCUUGGUAUGAUUACUGCCAUGUCGAAGACAGGCAAAAGCUGUAGAAUCUGUCGCCUGCAGCAGUUAACAUGUCAAUCAUAAUAUUUUGAUUUAAUAUUUAUUUCUAUAAGUCAAUGUGUACAGUGGCAGCAUUCUCAUUGACAUUUUCUGUCCAUAUGCAGUAUGGCAGCUGCUGUAGCAGAAGCGGCUAAAUGUCUCGCCAUCGGCACAAUUUCCUUCUAAUACUCUGUGGAACAAUUAAUAUGGUAAUGAUUUGUUGAAAAAGACUAACCCAAGCCAUUGUUAGUUGCAUCAGCCAGUUAAAAACUUCCCCUAGGGAUAAAAUGAUAUCAGAUCAGAAAGGCAGGAAACCAGAUAAACUGUGACCACAAAUGUAAAGGGCCAGUCCGGCAGGUCUCACAAAUAAUAACGUGAUUUUAUCAGUUUUCUCAUUCGGGCUUGAAAGGCUUCUUCAUUCAGAGCGCACAGGGAACCUAUGAUUGUACUGUACGUGAGGCAUAUACUGUACAUACAAACAGACUCUUCAUCCAUGCUUUUACUUUGAAAUCUGCUCUUCAAACACGUACAUAAAAUGUAACAAUUCUGAAUUUAAUCUAAUUUAUUCAUGAUAUCUCAUGAGCCUGUUAUGAAUGUGCCAUGUAAAUCUCAGAUGACAAAGUGUUUUGCUGUCAUUUCAUUUUUUUUUUUAUCUCUCUAUGAACAGUCUUGUGCAGAUAACCCAUGUGGAAAAUGGGAAAAACAGUUCCUGCAUUGACCCUAGAACAUGCAUUGUCUGCUGUAAGUGUAUGUCACUAAGUCUGAAGCUUAGAUUACGAGUGAUGAUGUGAAUCUGUCUUUGUGGGGUAGUGUACUGAACAAUCUAUGAUUAGGUAUUUUACUAACUUUGAAUCUCUUCUGUUGGCAGAGAUCAUUUUGAAACUUUAAAUGGCUGAUUUAGAUGUAAAAAUUGUGUAAAAAAAAGUGGGGGGGGGGGGGAUCAUUAGCAUCAGUACGACUAACCUGGAUGCACUGUUGAGGAGCAGUCUAAGGCCGUCAUGUGCUAGCUCUAUAAGCAGUCUCUUCUGAAAACUGACAACGUGCCAUAUAGUAUAUAUACGUUUGUUUACAAGCCUGUGGUACAGUUGAGGGGUUGUAACGAGUGGUAUGUAACUGGACGUGUGAUGAGAUCCGUUUGCUCCAUCACACGUUCUACACAAAUGUGAAAACAAUGGCCGCUCUUGCCAAUGUUUCUUGUGUUGCAAGCAGAAAUUCUGCGGCCUGCGUGGUAACUGACGCUUUUUGACUGCGUCCAAUUUUCUCGCUAGCCGCUUGAUUUAAAGCUGCUGUCAGGGCAAAGCUGCUCUCAUUAACCCGCAAUUGUGUUUAUAUAUUGUGAUUAUAAAAUAAGCAGCAGCUUGAUGGCGACUGCUAGUCAUCAAGGUAUGAGCCAGGAUUCCAUUUCAUACUAAUUAUCAGACAACAACAACAGCAACAGCAAAAAAAAGUAAGUGUGAACAAACAUGUUGUACAUUUGGCUGCAUUGCAACACAGAGCAAAUAAACUAAACAGAGGUUUUGCCCUUCUGCCUCCCUAGAAUUAUGAGGACAAAGUCAGAAAGUAAUUCAUUCAUCAUUCAUCAUUAAAAAUUCAUUUAAAGUGGAUGAAUACAUAAAUAGUCAUUUAUAUACAUUCCAACCUUAACAGCAGAUUUUACUCGUCUGAGUCUCUGAGAGUUCUGCACUGCUAAUGCUCACACUGGGGGGACAAAUAUGUCUCAGCUAGCAGUUAAUGGUGACACUUGUCAUAAGUGGAUACCUAUAAUCUUCACAGGUUGUCCACUAAGAUUCUCCAGGUCAUUGGAUAUCUGGCUCUUUUAACACUUAUCCAAAUGGCUGCAUCCUGUCUAUUGACUGAAAGGGCCUUAGGCACUUUAACCCGUGUGUCACUUUGGUGUCACAUGAGAUUUGCUGAGGUCACACGGACACAUAUGAGACUUAACUGAAUCACAUGAUGAGGAGUUAGACCAAGACCAGCUUAUAUAAAAAAAAAAAAAAAAAAAAAAUCUGUGAAUUUAAGAAAUAGCACAGGGAUCACAAAACAACUUCCUCGGAGGACCUCCAACAUGGCACCAGACGAGAUAGCCAAGAGUUUUUUCUAACACCUGUUAGCCCCCAAACUGUAUUCAGUUCUUCGUGCUUAUUCUGCUGGGCCAUGUUUAUGUGCCCUGAUCUUGACCUCACUGCUGAAAGGAUUCAUGGCUUCCCUUUCAGUGUGUCUGACACAUACCGAAGAGAGGCCCCUAUGUGACCCUGAUUUGACUGCUCCUUGUUGAACACUUGUAGUGAGUGUUCCCAGCUAUUAUACAUCAUGAGAGAUUUUACUUUCCCGUGAUUUCCUGACUGACUGACAGUCUGGAGACCUUGUUCAUAUUAUCUGGUACAUAUUUAGAUGUAAUUCCUAUAAGCUACUGAGCAUUCUGAGUGCAUCCUUAAGUGAUUUUCUGUAUGCUGCAAAGCACUGUGAGCCAUAGGAGUUUGAUAGCAUGUCUGGAGUUUGAUAGCAUUUAAUUGAAUCUAGACUGAAACUGAGUACUGGAUGUACUUUGUACUGGAGUUUGAUAACAUUUAAUUGAAUCUAGACUGAAACUGAGUACUGGAUGUACUUUGAUUUAGCUUUCUGAAAAUUUAAGAUGAGCUUGAGAUAUUAGUUAUUUUACCAAAUUAGAACAUGGGUCCUAAGUGGGACCAGCAAUCAGAAACCCAGUCUCACUGGGGAAAUGUUAGCAUGUUUAAACCCUUUCGAUCAUUUGACAACCUAAGCCAGACUAAAUAUAUAGAGAGAAAGAGAGAAAAAGAGAGGGGGCGGGGGGAGAGAUGCAGCCAGAGGCCACUGAUGGAAUCAAACUGAUGCUGCUGCUGAGGACUCAGGACACAAGCUCUACCAAGUGACCUGAUCGGGUUGGGUGCCCCCAAUCAUUUUCUUUUUAACUCAGUGCUAAUAAAAGGCAUCAGUAAUUACUCAUGUGACAGCACUGAGGUUUAGUGCCCUGCUUUAUUCACAACUUCAGCUUGUAAUUCAGCAUUUCUACAUUGUGAAACCAAAAAUUGUCAUUUAAAUGAAAAAAAAAAAAAUGUAAUUUUGUUGUUUGUUUUCUAACAGCGGUGGCAUUUUCCCUGGAUUUUAAGCAGCCAUUUGCAUUGAUUUAUUCCUGCCAAAGACGUCAGGGGUAUCUACAGUAAUUUAAAACACUACAAGGCUCAAGAUAGCAUUUGGAACAUUGCUCGUGAGACUUUUGGCACAGGGAAGAUGUUUAAGUGUAACACUGAAUGUAAAGAAGUUGUACUUUAUGGUGCCUGUGGUGAAAAAAAUGUUGUUUUUUUUGUCUGCUUCAGUUUUCAAGUAUGUAAGUAAGGACUAAUUACUGUGAACUUUCUUUGGGACCUAGAUACUACUUUUGUUUAGUCUGCAUGUGGAUAUCUUGUGUACUAGCAUGUGUGGUUUUUGUGUCUUCUCCUACAUGUUCUGAAAUAAUGUUGAACAAUUUUUUUUUUAAAUUUCUUUGUUGGACACAAAUGCUGGCUGCAGGUUUUGCAGGACGCAAUAUCUUAUAGAGAGUGAGUUAGUUAAUGGUGUCCUAUUUUAUUUGUGAAGGGCUAUUCAUCACAUUAUCUCUUACCUCUGUGAUUGUCUGCACAAAAUAUAAUUACAUGGUCUAUAGUCAGGGUUCUGAGCAUCAACAAAGGCUUUGUAAUGCCACUGCUUUGUGGCGUUUGGUUAAUUAAUAUUUUCUCUGCAAAUAAUCUGCUGUAAUUUGCUAUACAACAAGGGGAUUUUGAAUUUAAUUACUAAAGAUAAAAAAAAAAAGAUUAAAAAAAACGGCUGUGCCUCUGGGAAAAGGCAAACUCUCUUAAUGAAAUCAAAUUUCAAAUAAAUAUUACACAAGCUCUCUGAUACAUUAUGAAUAACACUGUUGUGGCAGCAUUUACAUACAGUGGCUUUAUUAGGUUUGCCUGAUAGAGGCAAUAAACUGAACAUGAAAUUAAGGAAAAGAGCAUUUCUUAAGCAUGUUAUUGUGUCUAUGCUACACACAGCAACCCAACAGUUUGAGAACAUACAGUAUGUUGUUUCACAGCUCUGUAUUUAAACACUGCAGUUGAGCUGUGCUGACCAGGGGGUGUUGUUUUGGUAGUGUGAGACAACGACAUACAGUCAAGGAAGUCCAGCUGGAGUAACAGAUUUAAUUUCAAUGGUUUUUAGCACCCACAGACACACUCUCUCAAACGCUGGAAUUGAUGGUUUGGAGGUAAAAAGUAGAAAUUCGGUCACCCAGUGCCAUGUGACAUCGUGUUGAAGCAAAAUUUGAGCCUGGGCGACCCUGCGUUGUCAUCCAAGCUGAACAGACUCCUUUUCAAAUGAAUGAGAAGCUGCGUUUUAUUUUCACACAGGCCCCAAGUCGGUCUGAAUGUGGCCUUACAAUGUUUGCUAAAAAUAAAAAGAAAGCGCAUUUGCGGGAGAGAACUAAAGGGUAACUGACUUUGCAGUGAAAUGUAGAGGGGCCAUCAUAUAAGCAAUGCACAAUGAGGUGUUCUGAUUCAGAUGAGAGCAACAGACGAGGUGGAGCGUGGAAGAAGCAUUUCCUCCACCCGCCUUGUUUUGUUCACAUAUCAGAACAGUUCAGAGUGGAUCAUUGCUCUUUUAACGUGGCGAGUGACCAAAGAGAAAGGUAGCUUGUGUGUUUGUAUUUGGCUUAUUGUUUGUUUUGUCUAUAGGAGCUUGCCUGUGUUGUAUUUUAAUGACCUUCUAGUUGGGCAUCUGCAGUUAAAUAAAUCUUGCACACUGAUUUACACCAGCAGUUAAACCAUUAUAAAAACCACAACUCACGUGAUGCCCAAUAUUUUAUCGUAAAUGGGAAUUUUAAUUGAGUAAUUUAACAAGCAUCCACUGUCAAGUACUUAUUGAAAUAAAAUAAAAUAUUCUGAAUGAGGUGAACAGUCAGUCCAUGUUAAUAUCAGUGAGUGAAUCAUCCAGGUUGUUUGGAAGCAGAAUAGAAUAAAAAGCACCACGCCUCCUGGUGACUUAUUCAGGCCAAAUCCUCUUUGACAACCUAGUAGACAACUCUGGAAAGCAUUUAUGAAUUUGCUAGAGAAAUUUUCACUUUCUCAAAUGAAAUGCUGACAUCAUUUGAAAUCUUGGCCAAAGCAAAAUAAACAUCCUAAAAUGUAUUGCACGUUACUGCAGUUUUGCUCAGAAAUGUGGACGGGACAAACAAACGUUCAGUCAUUGAAAGAGUUUUUUUUUUCUUUCAUUAUCUGAGAGAAGGUCAACACAGCUCCACUGUAUAAUUCCUACUGUUGCUGUAUUAUGUAUUUUUUAUAAAUUACAAGGUUAUUCUGAUUUUAUUUUAAAAUUGUUCUGUUUCUGAGAAAAGUCCCCAUGUGUCAUUUAUGCCCAGGGGAACAAUAAGGCUGGGCGUGAGAUCGUUCACUAUUCAGUCUACCCAUUGUUUUUUGCCAAGCGGUGUCCAGUUGUGCAUUGAGAAUUAGCACAUACCAUAACUGUUCUAGUGAGCGAUUUUUGACUCAAGUUUUUUUUUUUUUUUUUUAAUAAAUCUCUCCUGCUUUCUUCUCAGUGUGCCAAACUGUAAAGCUUGGUAUUUGCUUUCUGUCUUUGUAUGUUCCUGUGUAUACACUCAGUGAGGAGAAAAACAGACCCCUGUUUAGAACAAAAUUGAACCACUUUUGGUCCUUAGGAAAGCUCUGAAGGAUUGAACAAAGCAAGUCUCCCUUAACAUCCAGGUAACAAAAAUGUAGGGCUGCAACUGAUGAUUAUUUUCAUAAAUGGUUAAUCUGCCAAUUGUUUUCAUCAAUUAAUCCUUCAAGCCACCAAAUGGCAAAAAGAAAUUGUGGAGCAUGGCCAUCAAAAGUUCUGGGCCCAAAGUGACAUAUUCAAACUGCUUCUUUUGUCUAACCAGCAGUCCCAAACCCCCCAAACCCUUCAUUUACUAUCAUAAAUGACAAAGACAAGCAGCAAAUAUUCACAUUUAAGAAAAUGUUUCAUUUCUCUGCUCACUGAGUGUAUUUCCUAUUUGAUAAUAUGUACAAUAAUGAAAAAAAAAAACUAUUGCAGUUGUAUGCUUUUAAAAAUUGUCAAGCUCAAUUCUGUCUUGCCUUUGUUAUCAAGAGAUAUUUCAAUGUGCCCAAACUGUGAGCGGGAGCAUAUAUGUUAUUGUGAACAGCAAAAUGUCCUAAUG